AAGGUUUGUUUUGUCCAUUAUAUUAUUAUAUAUUAUUAUAUGUUGUAUUCAGGGGUUGACAUUUUCCUAGGAGCUGACACGAUAAGAGUGUAUAUCUUAGGUGUCACUUACAUUAGCUAUCCACAUUGGUCUAUGUAAGCGGGGGUGUACCACAUCUAUAUGAGGCCAAGAGCUGCUUCUAACAUGACAUAUACACGCCCUUAGCAAGGAAGUGCCAAUGGACUUAUACCAAAAGAUAUUUAACCAAUUAUCUACGUUUUGAAGACGUGACAGGAUUCAUUUAAGUUUGUUUAUAUUUUUCAUUUUGAGAAAGGUAAUGAAAAUCCAAACGAUACGACAGAUUAACAGUAUUACUGUCAUCCUACUUAUAGCCAUAAGUGUCUACAGCGAGGCCGCAUUCACUCGCUCCUUGUGUGAAAACAGAUGCGAGUCGUCAACACCACACCUACAAACACUUCGAGAUGUGUGGCACAAAAUGUCAAAACGGAUAGGCAAACAAGAUAUGUCCUUUGAGGCGUUCGUGACGUCACUGGUGGCUGCAUCGGAGCGGUAUCCAUGGCUGCAACCAGUCCGUGGAGACCUACUCGGCAUGAUAGCGAAAUACCAGGACUGUGUUAAAGCUUGUGAACAUCAGCACAGCAAGAGGACUUCCGAGAGGGCAUCAGAUUCAUACGUACGACCGGCAAUAUGUUUAACAAAGGACUUCUGUCUUUAGUUGUCACGAUGGCUACCGAGAACUACGUUACUUCAAACACAUUUUUCGGGAAAUAUAUAUAUCGUUGGAGUAAGGCAAUAUCAGCUGAACAAAACUUGCCAACCGGAUAUGUAAUUCUUGCUAACUAUUAGCCAUAUCCAAUCUACCUUAGACCAAUAUUCAUUAUAAGGAAUAUGUAUAAAUCACUUCAAAAUGUGCCUAUAUUGCUGGCUCUAAGCGUGCAACAGAAACAAUUCUAAAAAUAGUUUUAAGUUAAAUCUUUUAGAUAUUUUGCUAACAUUAUAACAUUUUUUAAACAUCACAGAUUAAAAAUAUGAAUAAUGAAGGUUUGUCCGAAUGAUUUUUUUCACAAUAGUUAGUCACCCCAGUGUACAUUUUCUUUAUUGUAAUAAAAUCUCUAUCUCUCUGUCUCCAUUUGUUCAGAAAUGUCGUUAUAAAAGGGUUUUAGUCGAUUGAGAGAAAGUUUCACAAUCGAGUUUUUCAGACAAAAUAUGAGCCAAAAUGAAACAUUGCGAGGGAUAGGCUAGCAUCUUUAAAAUCAAUUUUGUACAGCCUACAAUUUUCUUGUUUAAAGAUUAAUGAAUGUGACGUCACAAUAAAACUGAUAAUGUUCGUGUCGCGUCACAAAUAAAACGAUAAUAUCAACUGUAAUGGCUUCUCAAAAUGCCUUUACAUAGUUAUAUAUAACACAAAUAUUCUAAGACAAUUAAAACUAAACUAAAAUUUCUUAGUGAUUUCUGCUUUUUACUUCAGACUCCCAAUUGUUUCAUCUAGUAUAUCUUCACUAAUGAAAUAAAAAAUACAAUUUC